GAGGAGAAAGUACAAGGUCAGGAAGAACCAGACAUGACAGAACGACGCGACCACAAUCAGGACCCAGCGGACUCGUCCCGGGAGUAUGAUCUCUCCCGCAUCCAAGGUUUGAUGAAGCGGAUUUCCCACACUAAAGACACUAAGACUAUGGUGGUUGGGAUUAACGCUAUCAAAGCCAUCCUGGAGGGAAAUCCUCACCUGCGCCAGCUAAGAGGAUUUAUGGGCUAUAUGGACCAGCUGCACGAGGCCCAGGAGGUGCUACAAGCUCGGGAGCUCGCAGCUUUUGCCCGCUCCCAGUUUGCUAACCCGAAGCCACCGCAGCAGCACCCGCGGAGCACGGAGCUUCCCGCUACGCAGCAGCGACGGUCACGGGGGAGAGGCGUUUCCACACCUCUGCCGCGGGAUCCCUCCGCGUGCUGUUCCAAGCCUAAUUCACCGGCCUCCUUCUUGGCAGCGAUGUGGUCAGAGGAUUGGGAGGAAGAUUUCAUCCCUCCUCCAUCACCAGUUUCCUCCGCCACUUCUGUUCCCUCGUCUGGGAGGAAACGCCGCUCACGCCGCCGGAACCCCUUACCUCAGCUGGAUUCGGGAACUUCUGAACUUCGGCUGGGAGCAGAGGAACCCAAAGAAAACUGUUUCCUCUGAGCCCAUCCAGCGGGUUAAACUGUGCUCUGGAGGCUCAGGAGAACAUAGGCCACCACCCUCUUCAUGCUCACUACAAACACCUCUUCAGCCAGA